AUGUCCUCCUCAUAUGCAAAUGCGCUCAACUUGAAACCAAUUAGGCAGGAUUCAAAGAGAAGCCAUUAUUGGACCAGACCCCCUGACUCUCCAAACGGGAUGAAUGUCUGCACGCUCGAACGCUCCCGUCCCAUGAUCCUACCUCUCACCAGAUAUGUGGCUCUCGUGGUAGCUGCCUGUGUCCUGAACUUCCAGAGGGCGUCCAUGCUGCUGGUCCUGUCCGUUGUAGGAUUUCUGUGCUGGGCUUGGGACCGUGUCUACGCCUGGCUCCUCCAACGCUCCGGUCCUCUGCGUCUCACGGACAAACUCAAGAUCGAGAGGAAUAAGAGGAUUUGGAUCAGACGCUACUCCAUGGUUAUCUUGGGCCUCCUGCCUUUGCCUGUGCUGGUACUUGUGGGUCUGAAUACUGCCCGAUAUGGACGUGGAGCCCUCAUCUCCUUCUUUGGACUUCUGCUGCUCAUAUUUACAAUGAUGGUUUUCUCAAAGCACACAUUCAGAUGGCCGUGGAAAACCAUCAUCUCUGGAGUGUGUCUGUAGUUUUAUUUUGCUCUGCUGGUCACAGGGACGACGGCUGGGAAGAGUGUGCUAAAAGCUGUUGGGGAUAAAGUGGAGAUCUUCAUGUCCUUCUCAAACAAAGGAGCAGAGUUUGUUUUUGGGCCUAACUAUGAGGAUCACAUGUUUGCCUUUAAGGUGAUGCCCAUCCUGGUCACAGUCAUCUCCAUUCUUCAGCAUCUGGGAUUUCUGUCCUGGCUCAUCCAUCAUAUUUGUUUUAUAAUGCAGCACGCUAUGGGGACCUCUCCUGUGUCGUUGGCCUCAGCCGGGAACAUAUUUCUAGGACAGCUCAUCUGCUCGUACGUCUUCAUGCCUCUGUCCUUUACGAUGGGCGUCUCGUGGGAGGACAGCUUCAACGUGGCAAAUCUCAUUGGAACAAAGACUUUUGUCAAUGAGUUCGUGGCCUAUCAGAAACUGACCGUGUUCAUCCAGAAACGCAAAGCUGGAGGACCCGAAUAUGUGGACCACGUCAAACAAUAUCUGUCUGAGCGCUCAGAAAUCAUCGCGACCUAUGCCCUCUGUGGCUUCUCCAAUGUGUCUUCUCUGGGCAUGAUUCUGGGGAGUAUGGCUGCCAUAGUCCCAGAGCGGCAGGCGGACAUCUUGAGCUGCGGAGUCAGAUCCCUGAUCGCCGGCUCUGUGACCUGUUUCAUGACUGCGUGUAUUGCAGGGAUGCUGUAUGUUCCAAACCUGCAGUGCUCUGACCUCCUGAGCUCAGCAUUCAACAGCUCUGAAGUCCUCAACAGCACCCACCUCCUAUCCUGCUGCACCCAACUUCAACAGGUGGCACAGCAGCAGCCAAAUCAGCAUUCUAGUGUCUAA